AUGGGCCCAUAUGUGCCGCCAGGCCAGUCGCCACCCUUCGAGGUCGUCGAUGACUUACAUCAUGGCGCAUGGGUGAUAAUUACCGCCGCGCUGGGACUGGUCGUAUCUCUCGCAUGUUUCUUGAUUCGGCUAUAUGUGCGGCUCAUGCUGAUUCCGCCGUUUGCGCGCGACGAUUGGAUUUUGUUGGGUGCUACAGCUACCGCUGUGGUACAAUCAAGUCUCAUCUUUUAUGCGUGCUCGCGCGGGUUCGGGACUUCUAUAUCGUUAUUGAAGGAUGGUCGACUCGAUCAGAUCCAGGCAUUAAUUGCAGCAAGCGAUAUCAUCGCGCUGAUAAUAAUUUACCUCUCCAAAUGCUGUGUCGUGGCUAUCUACCUCCGCCUCACGCCUCAGAAACCACAUAACCGCGCAUCCUGGGCGACAUUAGCUCUGUGCACUGCCUGGGUUAUCCCUGCUAUAUUCAUUGUCCUAGUUAACUGUGAGCUAAACACACCUUGGCGGAGUGAUGGUGGGCAAUGCAACGACUUGUACAUACGAUGGCAAUUCAUCGCAGCAGUCGAUGUUAUAACCGAGCUCCUUCUCUUCAUCUUAGCCGUGGUCCUCCUCAAAGGCCUAUUUAUGUCCGUUCGCCGCAAACUAGCCGUCGGCUUCGCAUUUAUAUUCCGCUUUCCCCUCAUAAUAUUCUCCUUAAUCCACAUCUCAACCCUCCACACGGCCCUAAAGAGCAAAGAUACAACCCUCGCCGCCGUCAACCCAACAGUCUGGAUGCAAGUCGAGCUCCAGUACGCCCUAGUCGCAUGCAGCGUAUUCUGUCUGCGACCCUUCAUGGCAGCCGUUAGCACUAACUACGGUACGGCGGGUGACUCAACGCUGGAAGGUAGCGCGUCGAGAUCAAACGGAACAAGAGAAGGCUCGAAGACCGGGUCUGGGUCGGGCUCGAAUCCAAAUACCGCUUCGAGGUCUGUGUCACAUUCUCGCAUGCAGAGGAAAAGAGUUGGUACAGGGUCAAGACUGCCACCGGUUCCUCCGGCCGUUAGUUCUCAAUCGCAACAGUCAGAGAAUCAUGGCCCUGGUCAGGGCGCUCCGUUGUGUCUUAAUACCAGUACCCAUGCGCACAGAGCGCUUGGAAAUAAUACAAGAGAUGGGUAUAGUGGCAGCUCAGAUACAGUUUGCCCACCAGUGCGUCGGUCAAUGUUCCCGCUCAGCGCGCCGCGCAAGAAGUUGAGCUUUCAGAUGCUGGAUAAAGGGAAGAAUGGGAUAAGGGCUGGGUCUGGGGGUUUGUUUACGGAUGAGUCGGAUUUGAUUGAGCUUAUGCCGAGGUCGCAUACUCGGCAUGCGAGCGAUGCGACUGAGCUAGAGGAUGAGGAGGGGGCGGAUAAGAUGGUUAUUCAUAAGGAGAUUCGGUAUUCGAUUCAAUAUGAGGAUGAGGAUGAGGCUGAGUUAAGGAGGCGGGAGGAUUUGAAGAUUAAUUCUGUUGAUGUUACUGCUUAUGUAUAA